AUGGCGCCAAUCAAACGCAAAGGAGCUGCAGCUGAUGGCUCGUCUUCGAACCAGCAGAAACGACCUCGGGUCAGCUCAGAGGGAACCAAAAAACUCUCCGGUGCACAGCAGAAGAAACUCAAGCAAGAGAAAGAGAGCAGAGACACAGACGGCAAGUCUAAUGGUCCACAGCAAAACUCUGACUUUUCAAUCCUCCGUGAUGAAGAGCCGUCAUUUCCUCGAGGCGGUGGAAGUGUUCUCACUCCAUUAGAGCGCAAACAAAUCCAGAUCCAAGCGACUCGGGAUGUACUCUUCGAACAGAAAGGCCCGAACAACAGUGCUGCGGCCUUUGCUGAUGACGACUUGGAUGAAGAUGUUGAUAUGGAAGAUGCAGCUCAGGGUACUGUAACGGCUAAAAAGUCGCGCAAGUCGAAAAAUAAAAAGCGGGACGAUCAAGAAAAGCCCACCAAGGAUGGUGUGCGGAUCGAAGGCUUAAGCUUCAAGCGUCUGGCUCCAGGAACAAUGAUCUUAGGUCAAGUUGCGAGCAUCAAUGCCCACGACAUCACUUUGGCUUUACCCAACAACCUGACAGGUUAUGUCCCUUUGACUGCGAUAUCCAAAACCUUAGACGAAAGGAUUGAGAAGCUGCUGAAUGCAGACGAGGAAGAAGACGAGGAAGAGGAGGCGGAUGAAGAAGAUAUACUCAACCUCAGCUCCUAUUUCCGCCUAGGCCAGUAUCUGCGUGCUUACGUUACCUCAACCGGGAAUUCCAACGCUACAGACGCCGGAGCCACCAAAACCAAGAAAAGGAUCGAGCUUUCCCUGGAUCCGAGACAAACAAACAGCGGCUUGACAAAAUCCGAUUUGGUUGAAGAUGUCAUUGUACAGGCUUCUGUGGUGAGCGUUGAAGAUCAUGGUCUGGUUAUGGAUAUCGGCCUUGAGGAUAAAGACGUGAGAGCCUUCAUGUCGGCUAAGGAAAUCGAUCCUGAAGUCGAGUUUUCCAACAUCAAAGAGGGCACUGUGAUCCUUUGCAUCAUCAAGGGAUUCAACACGACCAAGACUGUUGUCCAACUCUCCGCCAACCUCCAAACUGCUGCAUCGAUCAAGAAAUCUCACUAUCUCAGUUCGGCACCGACAAUCAAUUCCUUCUUACCGGGUACCGCAGCGGAGAUACUUCUUACGGAAGUGUCGGAAACUGGCAUGGCUGGCAAGAUCAUGGGCCUUCUGGAUACUACUGUUGAUGUCGUCCAUUCAGGAGCGAAUUCGGGGGCCAUCGAUCUUGCGAAAAAGUUUCAGACCGGUGCGAAAAUCAAGGGUAGAAUUCUUUCUACCUUCCCAAACUCCGAGCCUUACAAAGUCAGCUUCUCGAUUUUGGACCACGUCUUGAAAUUUGCCCCAGCUCAAAAUCAAUCACCUACAAAGACGAGCUCGACCCCUUCUAUCGCCGCCAUUCUGGAUGCCAAGGUUGUUAAAGUAGAGCCUGGUUUGGGUCUCUAUGUGGAUGUCGGCUCCUCAAAGCACCUCGGUUUCGUCCAUAUCUCAAGAGUCACUGAUGGGACCGUUGACAUGAUUUCGGCUGAAGAAGGAAAAUUUAGAGUUGGAACCACGCAUGAGGCUCGAGUUAUUGGUUACAAUGCAGUCGACAAUCUCUUUAUGCUAUCUUUUGAGAAAAAGGUCAUCGAUCAACCCUUCAUCCGACUUGAAGAUGUAACUGUUGGUGCCGUGGUGAAAGGGGCAAUUGAGAAACUACUCAUUGGUCCAACUGGGGUAGACGGUAUUAUUGUGACGCUGGCAGAUGGUAUCACUGGAUUGGUGCCUUCAAUGCACUUUGCAGAUGGUGUGCUUCAACACCCUGAAAAGAAGUUUCGAGAAGGCUCGACGGUCUCUGCCAGAAUUUUGUCUGUCGACUUGGAUAAGCGCCAGGUACGACUUACGCUAAAGAAAAGUCUUCUCAACAAUGAUUCCGCUAUCUGGAAAAACUACAAUGAUAUCUCGCCUGGAAACCAAUCGCCGGGAACAAUCAUCAAUAUCCAUCCCCACGGCGCUGUUGUUCAAUUCUAUGGUCCAGUCCGAGCUUUCUUACCCGUCUCGGAGAUGAGUGAGGCUUAUAUCAAAGACCCUUCGCUGCAUUUCAGAAAAGGUCAAGUCGUCAAUGUUCAUGCUCUUAGCGUGGAUGCAGCCUUGGGUAAAUUAGCAGUCUCUUGCAAAGACCCGUCAGCUUCGACUGAAUCCUACCGGGAAGCUUUUGGUGAGAUCUACCCAGGCAUUACUGUGUCGGGUACUGUAUUUGAGAAGUCCAACGAUGACUUGCUCUUGAAGCUUGAUAAAUUCGGCGUUAUUGCACGGUUGAGUGCUGGCCAUCUUACUGAUGGGGACGCUUCAAAACAGAACACUGCUCUCUCCAAGAUAAGAGUUAGCCAGAAAUUACACGACCUCCUCGUUCUGAACGUUGAGCGAUCUCAUAGGUUGAUCAAAGUGACUGUUAAAUCAAGCUUGAGAAAGUCACUCAAAGAGAAAACCCUUCCCUCCAAGUUCGAGGAUCUUCAAGAGGGUAUGUCUGUCACGGGUUUUGUGAGAGGCGUGACCUCCAUAGGCGUCUUUGUGGAGUUCCUAGGCGGCCUCAAUGGCCUUUUGCCUAAACGUCUUCUCGAUGACGAGCACCUCAAUAAGCCUAAUUUCGGACUGCACCUAUUCCAGCCUUUGUCUGCCACUAUCCAUCAGAUCGACGAAGACUUCCGACGGUUCACUCUGACCAUGCGUGGUGACUCGUCAAACGACGCAAAGACACAACAGGCAAAGGCUAAAUCUUCAUCGACUUUUGAGGAACUUACAAACCCUAUUGAUGAGAGUAUUAAGUCAGUGAGCGAUUUCUCCGUCGGAAAAGUCACCAAGGCUAGAAUUGCUUCCAUCAAAGAUACCCAGAUCAACGUUAUUCUGGCCGAUAAAAUCCAAGGCCGGAUUGACGUGUCAGAGAUAUUUGAUCAAUGGGAAGACAUCAAGGAUCGUAAACACCCUUUGCAAUCAUUCCGCGUCAAAGAAAUUCUUCCUGUAAGAAUUUUGGGUGUACAUGACGCUCGAAACCACAAAUUCCUUCCGAUUAGCCACCGAUCGGGCAAGCAUCCAGUGUUUGAGCUUUCCGCCAAGCCUAGCGUUGUGUCUGCUGAAGAGCCAAAAUCGUUGAGCUUGGAGCAAAUCAAGGUAGACGCGGCAAUGUUUGGAUUUGUCAAUAAUAUCAAUGACGAAUGUCUCUGGAUCAAUCUCUCGCCUAAUGUUCGAGGUCGGCUUGGAGCUCUCGACCUCACUGAUGACCUUUCCUCUCUGGCUGAUCUAGAGGAGAAUUAUCCAGUGGGAUCAGCUUUGAAAGUGCGUGUCACAGGGGUCGACGUAGCCAAGGGACGAUUGGACCUCUCAGGAAAGCAAAAGUCUGCUCGUGAAUUAACACUUGACACGCUCUCAAAAGGCAUGAUCCUACCUGGAAGAGUUACGAAACUCACAGAGAAACAAGUUGUUAUGCAGCUUAGCGAUACACUUGUUGGGGUCGUGCACCUCGCAGAUAUGGCGGAUGAUUACUCUAAAAUCGACACUACUCUGUAUAAGAAGAACGAGGUUCUCCGGGUUUGCGUCGUCAGCAUUGACAAAUCCAAGAAGAAGGUUCAUCUAUCCUUGCGUCCAUCGAAAGUCUUGAGCUCAUCGCUUCCUGUUCGGGAUCCGGAAAUUACCUCGAUAAGCCAACUGAAAGCCAAUGACGUCGUUCGUGGAUUCGUUCGCAGAGUUGCAGACAAUGGCCUCUUUGUUGCGUUAGGCCACGAUGUCACUGCUUACAUCCGUGUCUCGGAUCUGUCUGAUUCGUACCUGAAAGAGUGGAAGGACCAGUUCCAGGUAGAUCAAUUGGUAAAAGGCCGAGUCAUUCUCGCCGAUUCGGAAAACAACAAGUUGCAAUUGAGUCUGAAGGACUCAGUGCUAGACCCUAACUAUAAGGCUCCUCUGAAACUUCGUGAUCUUCGACAAGGCCAAGUAGUGACUGGAAAAGUCCGAAAAGUUGAAGAGUUUGGUGCAUUCAUUGUUGUGGAUGGCUCCGCUAACGUCAGCGGUCUCUGCCAUCGAAGCCAGAUGGCAGACCAAGCUGUUGAUGAUGCGAGGAAGCUUUUUGAAGCUGGUGAUAUCGUCAAAGCGAAGAUCCUCAAGAUUGAUACGAAGCAGGAGAAGAUUUCGUUUGGAUUGAAAGCCUCUUAUUUGAAGGACGAAGCGGAUUCUGACAGUGACGAAGAUUCGGAUGAAGAUCUUUUGUCUGAUGGAGGAGCUCCACUCGAAAGCGGCGAAGACAGCGACGAGGGAAUGUCACUUGGUGGUCUUGAACUAGAAGAUGACAACGAGAGUGAAUCAGACGAAGAAAGCGACGACGAUAUCAAAAUGGGCAACAAUGGGCCAAAGGAUACAUCUGGUGGACUUGACGUAGGCGGCUUUGACUGGAAUGGCAAUGCUGGGCAGCCGGAUCCUUUGACAACCGUGAGCCGUGCCGGCAAUGAUAGCGAUGAGGAUGCCGAUGCCAAGAAAAAGAAGAAACGCACGCGCAAACCUGAGAUUCAGGUUGAUCAAACCGGUGAUUUGGAUGCUCGUGGCCCCCAGUCGGUGGCUGACUAUGAGCGACUUUUGCUGGGAGAGCCAGACUCUUCAAUCUUGUGGUUGCAAUACAUGGCAUUCCAGCUCGAACUUGGUGAGGUAGAAAAGGCAAGAGAAAUUGGAGAGCGCGCUCUUCGAUCCAUCAGUAUUGGACAGGAUACCGAGAAGAUGAACAUCUGGGUAGCGUUGCUCAACUUGGAAAACACCUACGGUACCGAUGACAGCCUCGAGGAUGUUUUCAAGAGGGCUUGUCAAUACAAUGAUACCCAGGAGGCGUAUGAGCGACUGCUCAGCAUUCUCAUCCAGUCUGGAAAGAACGAGAAAGCCGAUGAAUUAUUUCAAACAGCACUCAAGAAGAAAAUUUUCUCGUCGCCCAAAUUUUUCAUCAACUAUGCAACGUUCCUUUUCGACAAUCUAUCCGCCCCUGAUCGCGGUCGUGAGCUGCUUUCUCGCGCUAUGCAGUCUCUGCCCUCUCAUACUCAUGUUGAAGUUACGUCCAAAUUCAUACAACUCGAGUUCCGAUCAGCCAAUGGAGAUGUGGAGAGAGGACGCACCCUGUUCGAGGGCCUUCUGUCAUCGUUCCCCAAGCGAAUCGACCUGUGGAGCGUCUUGCUCGAUUUGGAAAUCAAGCAGGGCGAUGUUGAGCAGGUUCGUCGUGUUUUCCAACGACUCUUGGGUGACAGCGGUGCAGCCGCAUCGGAUGAGUCGCGAAAGAAGCUCAAAGCCAAGCAGGCCCGCUUUUUUUUCAAGAAGUGGCUCGCUUUUGAGGAGAACCUUGCUUCCAGCGGAGGUAGCGAGAAAUGGAUAGAGGAAGUCAAGGCGAGAGCCGCUGCAUACGUGAACUCUCUGCAGGCUAAAUGA